AGCGAAAACGAUCUGCUUUCCCAGUUAACAGUCGACAUAUAUAAAUGAAAUUUAAAACCCCCGCAAAAUCACUAAAUCUCGAAAAUGUUCUGUUUUAGGAUACAGACCGAAAAAUCAGCUUCGUCGAAUCAGAAUCCCUAAACCAAUUCAGGGGCAAAUUUUGGGGUUUUAACAAUUUUCCAAAAUUGGAGGGUGUCUGUCAUCCGGCGGUAAACCGCCGGCGCAGCGGCUGCCGGUGUUACAGGCGGCUGUCCGAAAGCUUCCGGUACCGGAUACCACCGACGGAGUUGCGGAUAAUGCUAAGAUGAAGAGUCUGUUCAAGUCCAAGCCGAGGACUCCGGCUGAUUUGGUGCGGCUGACGCGCGAUCUACUCAUCUUCGCCGAUCUCGGAGCUCCUGACACUAAGGAAAGCAAGCGAGACGAGAAGAUGCUGGAAUUGAGCAAACUAAUGAGAGAGUUGAAACAAGUUCUUUAUGGGGACAGUGAAUCUGAGCCAGUAGCAGAAGCAUGUACCCAGUUGACUCAGGAGUUUUUCAGAGAGGACACUCUUCGCCUUCUAAUUACAUGUCUUCCAAAGUUGAGUUUAGAGACCCGCAAAGAUGCUACUCAGGUUGUUGCAAAUCUGCAGAGGCAACAGGUUCAGUCAAAGUUGAUUGCGUGUGAUUACUUGGAAAAGAACAAAGAUCUCAUGGAUGUCUUGAUAGCAGGUUACGAGAACACUGAGCUGGCUUUACACUAUGGUGCAAUGUUGAGGGAAUGCAUACGCCAUCAAAUCAUUGCAAAGUAUGUUUUGGAAUCAGAGCAUAUGAAUAAAUUUUUUGACUUUAUUCAACUUCCAAAUUUUGACAUUGCCUCUGAUGCUGCUGCCACUUUCAAGGAAUUACUGACUAGACACAAAUCAACAGUUGCCGAGUUCCUUUCUAAAAAUUAUGACUGGUUCUUUGCGGAGUACAACUCAAAGUUGCUAGAAUCUACUAACUACAUUACUAGGAGGCAGGCUGUCAAGCUCUUGGGUGAUAUCUUGCUAGAUCGGUCAAAUUCAGCUGUAAUGACGCGAUAUCUUAGUUCAAGGGAGAACUUGAGGAUCCUCAUGAAUCUUCUCAGGGAGUCGAGCAAGAGCAUACAGAUUGAAGCAUUCCAUGUUUUCAAGUUAUUUGCAGCUAAUCAGAACAAACCUCCGGACAUUGUUAGUAUUCUCGUUACCAACAAAAGCAAGCUACUGCGCCUUUUUGCUGAUUUCAAGACAGAAAAAGGUAAAAAUGUGGAAUGACAUAUUCAUGCAGAUAAUCUUCGAAUAUCUUUGUUUGAAAUUUUGCUUUGGUUGCAAAGGAUGAGCAAUUUGAGGCUGAUAAAGCACAAGUUGUUAAAGAAAUUGCUGCACUUGAGCCUAAAGAGCGGACAUGAAUUCACCUGUUGUUAAGUGUAUCAGCUGCGAUGACGGCCUUGUACCAGUAAUUCUAGCUGAUAUAUUAUAUAUAUAUAUAUAGGGGUGCAUUAUAAUGAUAAUCCCAAUUUCCGUAA